AUGGAAAAGGCAAAUGAAAAGGAUGAUGAAGAUGAAGAGCUGCGUGCCCAACUUGAAGCACUGAAAUUAGAAUUGAAAAAGUGUGACCAGCAACCAGCUCGUUUCGGAGGAAAAUGCUUCAACUGCAACAUCUCCGGGCAUCGAGCCGCUGAGUGUCGUCGCCAUGUGCCAAGCAAAGCUGACUGUAAAUGUGCCAAGUGCCUCAAUAAAGCUACUGCUCAGUAUCAUGUGCCUCCAAUGAUUGACAACGUCAUCACUAAGGACGUUUGUGUCAAAUGUGUGCUAGACAGUGGUGCUACUGGCCAUUUUUGUGAUGGCACCAUCGCUUUAGAAAACUUCAAGGCUACGUCAAGUCUGACUGUGUCAAUGGCCAAUGAGCAGCACAGUUACGCGAAAGGCAGUGGUGACUACUUCAACAAGGAUCUCAAAUUAAAACUGAAAAAUGUUAAGGCAGUCAACUCGUUGAAACAAGGCUUCAUCUCAGUUGCCAAACUCACUGACUGUGGCUACACUGUCAUCUUUGAUCGAGCUGGAGCAAACAUCAUGUUUGAUGAAAAAGUGUUGGCUCGUGUGCCACGUAUUGGCAAUUUUUAUGCCAUUGCGUCAACUGCCGGAGGGCCACCGCCAGA